GCCAACAACCUCCUCACCCGCUCGCGCGGAGAAUUAAUCUGAAAUCACCUUUUCUUUUCCUUUUUUUUUUUUUCUUUUCUUUUCUUGUUACAUUGAAGCUACCUUUCCGGAAGUAUCAAAAUUAUAAUUAAAGUUAAUAAAUCUCGCGAGGCUUUUAGGGUUCCAAGUGGAGCGGCAAUUGGAUGCAGGAGAUUACGGAUUAGAGUUUUCUUCGAGGAAUGCGGGUGAGGGGAAGGAGGAAGGCAGCGAGGGAUUCCAAGGAGAAGAGGGAGACGCGAAGUCUAACCCUAAUCCUAGGCCCAUCUCUUUUGAUUCGAAGGGCUGGUGGGGUGAUGGCGGAGGCGGAGGAGAAGGGGGCACCGGUGGAGGGGAAGGAGAAUGUGGUGGAACGGGUGGCCGUGCUGGAUUUCGACAUGCUCUGCGCCACCGUGGCGCUCCAGACGCAGGGUUUCACGGUCGAGAAGAGGCGGAUGGGGAUGGCGGAGGAGGAGGAGGAGGAGGGGGGAGGAGGAGGGGGGGAGUUUGAUGGGCUGCAGCGGAUGUGGGAGGGACAUGUCCUUGAUUGCUUCGAGGACCGGCGGAUCGCGAUCGAGUCCGCAUGUUGCCCGUGCUAUAGAUUUGGGAGGAACAUGCGAAGAGCCAACCUUGGGUCUUGUUUUCUUCAGGGAACUGUCUAUUUUAUUCUUGCACUUUUUGUACUGUUCAACCUCAUUGCUUUUGGUAUUACCAAGCGGCAUAGCAUUCUGUUUAUUGGAGUUGCUUCUGUCAUCUCAUUUGGAAUAUAUCUUGGUUAUUUUCGGAUGAGGAUGAGAAAGCAGUUUAACAUAAGGGGCAGCGACAAUUAUUUAGAUGACUGUGUUAACCAUCUCAUCUGCCCCUGCUGUACGUUAUGCCAGGAGUCUAGAACGCUGGAGAUGAACAAUGUCCAGGAUGGUGUGUGGCACGGCCGGGGUGACACCAUAUGCUUGGGCACUGGUGGUGAAGGAAACAAGGCGUUGAUUGCCCUCCAGAAGCCUCCUCUGAUGCCAACCGGGUCCCCGGGGCUCUGUAGCAUGGAAAGAAAAUCUGAUGGUGGUGAGCACUCGUGGAGUACAGAUGAUAGCCAUUCGGAACCUCUGCUACCAUCAGCGCAACUGGAACAGCAUUGUUGAAAUCUAAGCUAGCUAACCAUGCAUCAUGGUCAGUUGAGCUUACUGUGCCAGCCCAGAGAAGCACACUAUUAUUUUAAAAUUAUGAUCUGUAGAUCGCCAACUGAUGAGUCGCAGGCUUUGUCCCACGAUAACCAGCCUGGACUUUGUUGUCUGGAUCUCAUGAAGAUUGUAGCCAGCAUCAAUGGUGUGAAACAACCCCCUCAUCAUAAGAAGCGCUUCAGGUCAGGACUUGGUAGCAGUAGGCUGGCGGUGGAUUUGUGCUUGGGAAGGGCACAACCAGCCCUCUGAAUGUGUAAUUGUAGGGAGCUGUAGCUUCUCGGCGUAACAGAAGUGUAAAGACUUUAUUCAGGCAAUUUUUUUUUAACAUUUUUUUCCGU